AUGGAGCAGGCUCUGCUUCCCAGUUUCAAGAAAACACGUAACCGUCUCUACGAUGAUGUCUUUAGUAAUGUCGAUGCUGCCCACGAGACUGAUCUCACCAGCGAUGACGAUGAUGAUAAUGAGAACGAGAACAAGAACGACAACGACAACGAUAACGAUGUAAACCACGCCCAAGAUCAUAGUGAUCUCGCAGACCUCUUCGCCGACAACGAACAUCCUCCCGAAUACUACAUCGACCAACUCGAAAACUUUGACGAAACGAUCUACAAUCAGGAGGACUACAGCACUGGGACUCAACGCAUGCGCGAUCGAGUGGAAGGAUGCUGGAAUGGAUUUUGUCUACAUACACAGCGAGACCCUGUGGAGUCAUACUUGACCUUGUCUGCGAAAGUGCUAGGUACCUUCCUUGAAUGGGUGCUGAACCUACGUCGUGGGAAAGGAGGACGCUGGCUGCGCGGCAUUAAAUCUAAGAGCUCAUUGUAG